AGAGGGAGAGAGAGAGAGAGAGAGAGAGAGAGAGAGGUGGUUACGUGGAGCAGCACCCCACUUCAUCAGGCAGCAUACGGCAGCCCUGCAGUGCGAUCACACAGUGUGGGAAUGGGGCUAUGAGAUCGAGAGCAAGAGAAAGAAAGCAGAGAGAGACGAGAACGAGGAGGUGGGGGGGAGAGAGAGAGUUGGAAAGAAGAGCUUGAGGGAUUUGCUCGGAUAAGAAGGGGGGAUGAUCACUGAGUCUGUUUGCCUGUCGUGGAUGUUGGAAGGACGUGGCAGCAGCAGCAGCAGCAGUGGCUGAGGCUGAGGCUGAUCUGUGAUCUCCUGUGUAGAAGAAGUAGCCCGGCGUCAGGACGUUAUGCCCUGUGAGCAGUGAGGGGUUAGCGUGUGUGUGUGUGUGUGUGUGUGUGUGUGUGUGUGUGUCAGGAGCAGCUGCUGUGACUGCAUCUGCGCUUCCUGCAUGUCUCAGACAGGCAGGGGAUGCAGCAAACCUCUGCCCUGAGCAUAGAGGCUGCUAGCUGUACCCAGCGAGGAGAAGAACCAGGUGGGCUUGGGGUAAGAGUGAGGGGGGUGCGCCUGCCUGCCUGCCUACCAGGAAGGAGCUAGCUUAACCUGCACUGUGGUCCUGCAGUGAUCCUCGCUUCAGAGUCAAAAAGACUCACCUGCCAUCCGUGGGAUCUCAACCUGGAUUUACCGCUUUGAGAGAGAUGAGAGGCACGUUCUCCGGCGGAGCCUCGCAGCCAGCAGCCUGCUGAAAGAGUGUGAAUGCUGGGCAGCACAGGGAACACUGGCACCACCAAGGACACUGAGCCUUUUUCCACUGGCAGACAGCUUACCUGGAGCUUUAUCAAGGAGUCUAUACUUGGAUUUGAUUAUGAAUUGAGGAGUUUGGAAUCAGCACACUGUGGAAAUCCUAAGCCAACAUUUCUUUUUUUUUUUUUGAUGCAGGAUUUACAAUAUGUCUACCUGACCGUACUCCUUGUGGCUUUGGAGUAAGGACAAAAAAAUAUAUAUAUAUCAUUUAAGCAAAUGUGUAUUCCUUGAUCAAAAAAAAAAAAAAAGAAAAUUAAAAAAAAUAACACGAGUACCUCAACAGUACUUUAGAAUGCUGCUACCUUCAUUGUAUGAGCCGUGUCCUAGCUCUCAAAGAGGUUGACCAAUGAAGCCAUGGGACUCAGCCAGAGCUUUACAAAUGGGGCCUGUGGUAAAGCCCUGGACCAGCCGGUGGGAGAAUGGCUGGAGCACGUGGGGCUGCCGCAGUACGAGAGCAAGUUCCUGCUCAAUGGCUUCGACGACCUACGAUUCAUGGGAAGUAACGUGAUGGAGGACCAGGAUCUCAGAGACAUUGGGAUCACUGACCCAGGACACAGAAAGAAAAUCCUCCAUGCGGCACGCAGCUUGCCCAAGGUAAAAGCACUGGGCUGUGAUGGCAGCACAUCUCUUGCCUCCUGGCUGGAUGGCCUUGGCCUGCAUGAAUAUCUGCCCAACUUUCUUUCAAGUGGCUACCGCACACUGGAGUGUGUUAAGAACCUGUGGGAGCUGGAGAUUGUCAAUGUUAUUAAGAUUGGUGCCCUGGGCCACAGGAAGAGGAUCAUUGCCUCUCUAGCAGAGAGACCCUAUGAAGAGGCUCCGACUAAGUCCCGUCGUCUGUCCCCAAUCAUGUUCCAUGACCUCCUGUCCCAGACUACAUCUCCCCUCAGUCAGAUGGACCCCUACACCAGUCGCUCCAUGGACAUGCUCCUGCCCUUGACUGAGUCGGACCGGAGGCGGAGAGGAGUUGAACAAGACUGUAGUGUUUCUCUGCGUUCGUAUAGUGAGAGACCACGCUCUGUAGACAGACAGAGUGAACGACACAAAGACUCUCGUUUAAACCUCCGGCCGCCGAGCCACUCUGCUACCUAUGCCACGGUGUCCGCCUGGCAUCACCAGCCUGAGAAACUCAUCCUGGAUUCCUGCGGGUACGAGGCAACUUACCUAGGAUCAAUGAUAAUCAGGGAUCUACGAGGGAUUGAGUCCACACAAGAUGCCUGUGCUAAAAUUAGGAAAUCAAAGGAUUCACGAAAGGGUCCGGUUGUCAUACUGUCCAUUACCUAUAGGGGGGUCAAGUUCAUUGAUGCAGCCACAAAGACUAUAGUUGCGGAGCAUGAGAUCAGGAACAUCUCGUGCGCCGCUCAGGACCCAGAUGACCUCUGCACUUUUGCUUAUAUUACCAAGGAUCUGAAGAGUGGCCACCACUUCUGUCAUGUCUUCAGCACUGUGGAAGUGACGCAGACCUACGAGAUCAUCCUAACACUGGGACAGGCGUUUGAGGUGGCUUAUCAGAUGGCAAUCCAGUCGAGGGCGAGACAAUAUGUCCCACCUACAUCACUGGCCUCAGAGGUCAUAGAGACUAAAGCCAGCCGUCCUGUAUCUCAGUCGUGGAGCAGCACGCGGAGAUCAGCAGUCCUCCUGCUUCCCAGGGUGCCCCUCUGCUCGAAUGCCGCUGCUGUCACUGUCACACGUGUACUACCCACCGUCCUUCCUUCCUCCCGUUGCACUCUGUUAGCCCUGGAGUCCAGAUUGAUCCCCUGGAGAUGGACGCAGACAUGCAGUCCCUGGGCAGCACCACCUGGCUCUUGGACCAGCGGGAAACCAACAGGCGCCCUGUCAGCACCAAGUACGAGACCACCAUAUUCUGAGGCCGGAUCCCCACAGCCGCCCCCUCUACACUCCCCCGUACUUUCCUCUCCCCCCUGCAUCUGGUUCUUUAUUUAUCUCUUACACACACACAUUUAUACAUGCGAGCCCCGUGCCUUCUCACUGUGAUGGUAUAGCAUCCCUCAGGGCUGCCUACUCCUGCACCCUCCUUUGCCCUGCCCAGCGACCCACAUCAACCUCUUUACCUAUCAUGACAAACACUCCUGCGGCUCUCCCCGACACACCCCCCCGGCAGCCUGCCUCACCUGUUGCUGCUGCAUCCAAUGGCGGAGCCCUGGAACGGAUGAUCUUGGACUGAUGUCAUUUUACAGUGGCCCUGCUCUCUCAACCAAACUGCCUCUUCCUCCUCAUCCUCCUCCUCCUCCUGACAACUUGCAUCUGCCUACAAAUCCCAGAUAGCUCCCAGAGCUUGUCCUGUCUUACCAGGCAUCUACCACUGUGAGGCACUAUGAGGAGGCUGCUUUGCUAGCAUGGGAUGCAAGACGGACAAUUAAUCAGUGAAAGACAAAACAGCAACAUGCAGCAAACCAUUUGUACGCAUUUGUACAAUACUCAUAAUAUUACGAUGGAUCGGUCGUAAAUCUAUCGCUGAUGUCUGAACUCAAACGGACCAAGAACUGAACCCUCAUACACCAACACACAUACACAGGAGGACAACUUUCCUACGCUUUACUGGGGACAACAGCCUUACUUCGUUUCGGUUAUAUUUAAUCAACUAAAUCCCCCAACUUUCCCCUGAAUACUACCGCCACCACCCAACAACUGCACGCCUCCUUCUCCUGCUUCUUAAAGACUUAAAAAAAGACAACACUUCUGAUUUCCUAGUGUGUUAAAUUGACUGUGACUGGCUGGGAUGACGUCGUUCUUAUGAUGGUACAGUUUUAUCCAGAUGAGAGUCUUUGCUCUGGCCUUGUACUGCCCUGUCUGCAGUCUCUCAGCAUUCAUGGUAGCAAUGAGAGGCUGCAAAUCACAGCAUCUUCUUCUUGUCAAUUUAAAAGAAAACACUGUGUUAAAACAUGGCACUAUCCCUUUUAAUACCUUCUUUUCUUUUCUUAUGGUGCAAAUAGGACAAUUAGUGCAUUUGUAAUACUUUUUGAUAGACGGGGGCUGACUGAAAUGUUUGGGCAAGAGAGAUUAAGGAGGGAUCACGAAGGAUCCCCAACAUUACCAGAGGCAAAAAAAAAAAAAAAAACUUUUAAAGAAAUACACAAGCAUAUUGGUUCCACCUUUCACAAUUUUGGUUAUCUAAACGAAAACAUCCUCGACAUGGUUUCAUUUGACUCGAGUGUAUUGAUGCACAAUUUGGCGCACAUUUCCCAACAUAGCAUCUUAUUAUCGCGAUUACACGGGUAGGUAUCCCUGCUCUUUCACGCCAAUUUAGAAUUAGGUACAGCACAUGCAAAGUGUGCCACAUUGGUGGUGAAACGAUUUAAUUCCACACAUUAAAAAGAGCCAAAUCUAAGUGCUGCUCUGGUGUCGUGUUAAUACGAAUGGAUUUGUUAUGCUGAGAACGUGACACAGAUUUGUUUUGUUUUUUUAAAAGGAAAAAAAAAAUGAAUUUCCCUCCUGCACUGUGACUCAAAAAUGCUCGUUGUGGAGUCGACACAUAUCUGUGGGUUCUCCCCUGUGUGCACUACCUACUGUGCGUGAUGUAUGCCUUGUUUCUGUCUGUCCUCAUGGGAGUUUGGACUGUUACCGUUACAUCACUCGUCCACCGUCCUUGUUUCUGUGUGCUGCAGGAGAAGUGAGCGUUUGAGCUCCUCUCCAGAAGACAGUGUGGCUGCAGACUGACUGUUGAGAUGUAGCUGGUCUGUGUGCGGUACCCGUGGCUGUGUCAUUGCCACUCUGUUCUGACCGUUAGCUUCCACUGACGAUGCAUGUUGGCAGUGUUUUUUGUGUUUUGUACCCUUUGAUGCACUUGGCCUGAGCAGUCUUUGUAUGUACUGUAGCAGUGUCUCGUCUUCUCUCACUCCUCUUCCAUUUGCUUUUUAUGUUUCCUCUCUUCGUUACACACCAGUACAGCGAAUCAUCUUCAUCCCUUCACGUUUCCAUUGUCGCCAUUCCUCCAACAUUUUUGUCACGUAUGUUCUUCCAUUUUGUGUGUCACCAAGACAACCUGCUCUAGUAUGAAUGCAUAAUGUAAAAGCAUUACACUUUAAUGAGCAGCAGCUAUUUAAAGCAAGUUUUGGUGGCAUGAUAUGGCUGUGCAUGUACCGGUCUUUUUUAACAUUGGUGUUUUCCUUGUGUAGCUCACCCCAGCGUUCAAGUUUCCGGAUACCAAGCUGUGAGUUGAAGGGGAGCAGCCGAUGUGAGUGUGUUUUGCGUGUGUUGAGUUAGUGGGCAGAGCAGUGGAAAAGAUGUAGAGAGAGAGAAAACGAGAGGUAAGCCUCAUGCAAUGUGCAGGGCCAAACCAGCGCUACUCUGACAUUUAGAUCUCACUCUGUAUAUCCCCUGCUCCUCCACUGCCCCUGAUAUGAAUCCCAACACGCAGAGGAAAGGUAACCUGUUAUCCUACAUCACUGGCUGAACAGGACUCGUGUAUCACUCCUGUCUUGAGAGAGGCCAGUCAGAAAGGUCAAGUCUAUUUCCUGGCCUCCAUGUGACUUUAUGAUCUUGUCAUGUAGGUACUGUAAUGUUUAAAGCACUGUAGACCAUUAAUGAUAUAGACCAUUAAUGAGCAUUUCUUAUUGAUUCAGGUCUAUUGGAGAUAGUAACUGGGAAUUAUUAAGGGUUAACAGAAAUGUAACAAAAUGUAAAGAAAAAAAAAACUGUACCAGCAUACAAUGCUUUGCCCAUGUUUGUGGACAGAGUAUGGUUUGUCAAAGAAAAUGUGACACUGUUUCAAAUUUCAAAGCAAUAUUAUAUUAAUGAAAUUAAAUAAUACAAUGACAAAAGAAUCCCUCUCAGGUCUGUUGUCAGCAUUGAUUUUGUUUCAUGGUUAUCAGAACCCCACGCCCCCAAGCUGUUUACAAUUUAAAGUGACAAAUAUGGCAACCUGAUGAUUAUUUUAUCAUUUUACUAUGAGUGUUUCCCCUGCUAUAGAGAUUAGUGGGUGGUACAACAUCUAAUCUCAACCAACGAUUAGCCCCAGUUUGUUCCUAUCAUGUGUUAUAUUACAGUCAAGUCACAGAGCUGAGUAUCUGAUUUUGUGCCUGGUGGUCUUUGAAAACCUAGAUUGAACACAGAUUUGCAUAAACCUCAAAAACUCUUUUAGAUGAAAAAUGAUUUUUCCCCAGUUGUGGCUCUCCUGAACCAACCUAAACUGGUGGCAGGAAAAUCAAAUAUGUCAUUGCUUGAUCUGUACAACAUUAAGAAAACGCUACUUGAAAAUAAAAUACAUU